GGUGUACCAAGCAUCAAUAGCGCAUGCAAACACGGGGAAUAACCGAUAUUUAUCUAGGAAGCCAGCCCGUAGCUACAGAAGCGAACGAACUCCCCAAUAUCCACCCUACGUCAUUCUAGAUUGUUUGCAUGAUCGGGCGACUGCUCAGUACGCCCUCUCAAACAGCGGCCGCCGUGACGUCAGACAAGUGAUUACAAUCUACACCACCUACACUAAAAGUACCGUUUCCCCUUUUGCCCCCUCUUCUUCGACUUCACACCUCGUCUGUCACACAACACACAACAUAGACGAUUCCAUCCCGAGUCACAGACCAUGACUGUCCAGAAAAUCCUCAUUGUCGGUGCAACGGGGCAGCAAGGCGGCGCCGCCCUGAAGGCGCUGCUCGAGCUUCCCGACAGCGCCUCCCGCUUCCACGUCCUCGCCCUCAGUCGCGACGUCGAAUCCGAGCGAGCCAAGCGCCUGAUGUCGGCCCACAAUGGCGCCGUGUCUCUGGUCGAGGGCGACGUCGCCAACCCCAAGGCCAUCUUCGCGUCCCAACCGGCGGGGUCGAUCGACAGCAUCUUCAUCGUCACCACCCUGGGCGGCAAGAUCUCGGAGGAGCAGCAGGCCAUACCGCUGAUUGACGAGGCCGUGGCCCACGGCGUCAAGCACAUCGUCUUCACGUCGGUCGAUCGCGGCGGCGAUGCCAAGAGCUGGGACAACCCGACCAAGGUCAAGCACUUCCUCGCCAAGCACAAGGUCGAGAUCUACCUGCGCGACAAGGCGGCUAAAGAAGGCGGCAACAAGUUCACCUGGACCAUCCUGCGCCCCGUCGCCUUCAUGGACAACCUGAACCCGGGCUUCCUGUGCUCCCUCUUCACGUCCAUGUGGGACACGGCGCUGAGCCCGGACACCAAGCUCCAGCUGGUCAGCACGCGUGACAUCGGCGUCUUUGCCGCCAAGGCCCUCAGCAAUCCGUCCCGGUGGGCCGGCAAGGCGGUCAGCCUGGCCGGCGACGAGCUCACGCUGGCCGAGGCGAGGGAGGUCUUUCAGAAGGUGGUGGGCAAGCCGCUGCCGCAGACCUGGUCCCUCCUGGGCAGGGGAGUGCUGUGGGGGAUGAAGGAGAUGGGCGACAUGUUUGCCUUUUUCGAGAAGGAAGGCUACGGCGCCGAUAUCGAGGCCCUGAAGAAGGAGGCGCCGGUGCAGAACUUGGAGUCCUGGCUGCGGAACGAUAGCAAGUGGCUCAAGCAGUAAUUAAGGUUGGUUGGGGCGCUGUUGUUUGACUGCUUCGCGCGUUCCUCAGGAGGGGCUCUAAUUAUUUAUUUUUGCACUCUCCGAGAAAGACUGUAUUACCUCAUGUAAAUUAUUUGUUUGUCAAUAAUCUGAAUCCUUACAGGGACAGAGCCAGUCGGCCAGUCUGUUCCCUGUUAAGGGGCAACGAGAUCCCAGCUCCCCCAAAUAUGUAUUAAUUACCCUAUUGUAGUGAACGGAAACAAGACCCGAUGUGUUCGAAUAUGUUCAUAUUGUCGAAAAGCAAAAGCGACG